UUAAGCCGAAGCCUUAUUCAGCCAGUAGAGAAAUGACAAUCAGAUGCACCAGUAUGAUAGUUCGAGGGGUCCACGUAAAUUUUCUUAUUUCAGCAAUGUUCUGCGUUUCAUUUUUCAGCUUUAUGGUGACUCAUUUUUUUGGAUUGCCCCAUAUAUCUCAACACAGAAUAGUUCUCAAAUCGGAGAAUAUAGUUUUACCUGCAAUUCAACAACAUUAUCGCCUAUCCCAAAAAUUGGGAAUAUCUUCUGGCGGAAAGAAGUCGUCCACACACGGGAUUAGAGAUUAUAUCCCUAUUGCAAGCAUUUUUGCAAAAAUCAUCGUCGGUUCAACCACAAUUGAUUCAAAAAACAAAAUUAAGGGACUCUGCCCUUUCGUUUCACCUUUGUUGGUUUGGGCAGGCAACGCUUGGGCAGCUGGCUGGUGGUGCUACCCACUGUUAAUUCGCAGUAAUCUUGGAUGGACUAACAUGUCAAUGAUUGCAUCUGACAGUCGCAAGGAAAACGAAUAUGCUUUCACGUCAAGGAUGUCAACCAUGGGAUUGAAGCCAGGUGGGAAUUACAAACCAGAAAAUUGUUAUUCGCGAAACAAAGUAGCCCUCAUCGUACCAUACCGACGAAGGGAAUUCCAUUUGAAAAUCUUUUUACGUUACAUGCAUCCAUUUCUUCAACGACAACAACUACAAUACGUCAUUUUCAUAGUUGAACAAACAAAUGGCUCACCAUUCAACCGCGGUAUGCUUAUGAACAUUGGAUACCAAGAGGCUCUGAAACUAGGAUCUUUUCAAUGUUUUAUUUUUCACGACGUCGAUCUUCUUCCCGAAGAUGACCGCAACCCUUAUACAUGUCCAAAAAACGAAAGACCCCGGCAAAUGGCUUACUCGAUAGAUAUUUACGACUACAGCGUCACAACUGGGCACGAUAAGAUCGAGGGCUUUUCGACAAAUGGUGGGAUUCCAGAAAUAUCCAAUUCGUCCUUGUCAAUCCAUUCUGCAUCCUCUGCUUCUAAGCCAUUAUUGUCAUCUGAUACAAUGAUAGCCAUCAUUUCUCUCUGUCGCAUCGCUGCGAUGCGAACAGGUCUAGUUCUUGUGACGAUGAACUCUUUCUCAACAAUUGCACUUGCGCUUUGAUUCUUCUUUUUGUGUACAAUCAUGUGACUCUUCAGCAUAACUUUCGAUGCAAAAUAAAGCGAACAUUUUUGGCAAAUUCGAUCCAAUAACUGCGACUGAACUGAGGGUGUGUAAAGAUCAUAAGGGAGCGUAAGGAAUUCUUUAGUUGAAUUAGGCAAUAAGUCGCGUGAAAGAUGGAGCGAUAAAAAUAAAGAAGGAAAGACGUGACUUUCAAAGCCACUUCGAUCAGAAGCUUUUAACCCUUUGUCAGUUUGGAUCAAUUGAAUCGGAGGAGGAAUAAACCGCGUAGGAACAACGGCCAAGUAUGAGCUUCUCGGCUCGUUAAUACAACACAUUAGAUUUUUACACUUAACAAUUUGCGUAAAGUACUGGCUCGUGCGAACAUGCUCCGAAAACCAAUACUGAUUUUUCACGUUGAGCCGAUCUUGACUGAAUUCAUAAUAAUUCGGAUCCACAUAUUCAGCAACACAAGGAUAUCCAUCAAAUACUACUUUGCUCCAUACCUCUGCCAGAGUAGUCCCAGCUUUUUCAAAGUUCUGUUUUUCAAGGUCCACAUCGAUGGUCUUACCAGCUGCGUCAAGGUGGUUUCCAUAGUAAUUAUGAGGAAGAAUUAACCCAGAUAGUGGGCGACUUAAAGGGGCCAUCCUUCGCUCUGCUCGAUUAUGGGCACUCCUGCCUUUUUAUGUGAAAAUAUAAUGAAAAGGCGUUUUGUAUAUGGGUGUGUAAAAAAUCUCAUCCAAUAGGAUUGUUAUAAAGUUGACAUUACCUGGUGCAUUGGUAAAGAUGAAAAUCGCAUCAAGAUCGUGUGACACAAAGUGAUGUAUUGCAAAUUCAA